AUGCGUUACGCAGCCAUGAGCGGCGGCGGCAACGGUAGCAGCGACGGAGGCGGCAGCUUAGGCGGCGCGGCGAGUAACGCGGCGAGGCGCGGCGCCGUGUGCAACGCGGGGUUGGCCGUGGAGGAGCUGCACGCGAUGAGCUCCAACGACCUCAUGGCGCUCGUGCAGCACGCGCUGCGCGAUGCGCCACGUCAGCCGAAGCCGCCGGUGGAUUUGCCGCCUAUUCGGUUGUGGGACAGGCGCAGCGGCGUGAGCACGCAUGUGGACCUGCCUCUCCUUGCAGCAUCGCUGCCUCUCCACCUUCUCUCCUGCGCUGCCCUCGCCCUCCAACACGCCCGCUCGCCCUCCGCUCCUCCCCCCAACGCUCCCACACACACUCCCUCCUCUCCUCGUCUGUCCGCCAUCCCUCCCUGCCACUCUCACGACGGCGACCUCCCUCGGGCCAAGCGCGCGCGGCUGGGCGGGGCGGAGGGGGGCGCGGAAAGGUGGUGGCCCAGGGAGGAGAGGCAGGCGGGAUGGGGGGAGGUGGGAUUGGGGGAGGAUGGAUGGGGGAAAGAUAUUGCAAUGCCUGCUGCUGUUACCGAUGAUGUGACAGGAGAUGAUGCUGCCAAAGAUGACACGGGAGGUGAUGCUGCCAAAGAUGACACGGGAGGUGAUGCUGCCAAAGAUGACACGGGAGGUGGUGCUGCUACUGGAGCUGCAACAGCAGAACCUUCUGCUGUGCUUUGUGCUAACAUAGACACCACCACUCACACCACUGCCACAACCCCUACUGCUACAGCCCCCACUGCUGCACCCCCCCCUGCUACAGCCUCCCCAUCCCUUCCUCCCCCAAGCAUUCUUGCAUCCCCUCCCCUCCCUCCUCAAUCUAGCCCCUCCCUCCCACCCGCCCACCUGACCCAACCAUUUGCACCGCAACCAACCGCACCCCAACCAACCGCUCGUCACAAUAAGCCACCCAGCAGUGGCUCCUCCCAAACUCCUGCUAGCGGCAGUGGCCCCCUGGCAGUGACCAUCCGGCACGGGACGAGGGUGGCUACAGUGGCGUGGUGGGGGCAGCCGCAGGGCGGGCACGCGCAUGUAGCACGCACUGGUGGCUUGAAGGUGCUUCAAGGUGAUGCUGGGGGGACUGGUGGCGACGGCAGUGGAGAGAAGGGAAGAGAGGGUGGGGUUGACGUGGGGAGUGUUGAGGGCGAGAUAGGUGGCAAGCGGGAGUGGGGAGAGGGUGAUACGGCGGGUGACAGGCACGUUACCAGCAAGAGCACAGCAACAGUGGGGUGGCUUCUGAGACAAAUGGAGGACGAAGGGGGAGCGAAUGGAGGAGAGUGGGGUGAAGGCGGGCAGGAGGAGGGAGAGAAGAGGGGCGAGAAGAGAAGGUGUGGAUUAGAGCCGGGGGAGGGAAGGGAGAAGCAGAGCAGCAAGGCAAGGAGAGUCGAUGAGCAGGGGAGUAGGCUGGCAGGCGGGAGGGAGAAGGGCUAUGGGGUGGCUGCCCGAGAGCAGUGUGGGAUGGAAUUUCAGCAAGGGUGGGGAGGCGAGAGGGGAGGGGAGGUGUGGCUGGCACACGUGGCCAAAGGGGUGCGCCUGCUGCACUCGCUCUGCGACCUCGCUACCCACAUGCCCCGCCUGCACCAGGUGCUCCUGGUGAGCACGACCCUCAUGCUCCCUCUAGCCCUCAUGCUCCCUCUAGCCCUCAUGCUCUCUAAAACCCAACCCAUCACGUUUCGAGCAUUGUUUCCCAUUCCGCCGCCCUUGCCACUGUGCUGCUCUUCUGCCCGUGCUGCCUGCACUGCAAGGCUGCAAGGCACCCCACUGUGCCAUGCUGUGACAGCCUCCCCUUCCCUCCCCGACUCUCUUUUGCGACUCGCAACUUGCGAGAGCUACGUCGACACACUCAUUCCUCCCUGCCAUCUUCCCUUUUCCCCCCGGCAGCGACUAGCUGGAAGGAGCAGGGGCGGCGGAGGGCAGAGUGGCGAUGGCAGUGGUGGUGAUGGGCGUGGUAAGGCCGAUGGCAGCAGGGCGGAUGCAGCAGCAGCAGUAGGAGCAGCAGGCAUGGGAGUAAGGGGGUGCGAGCAGGCUCAGGUGGCAGGCUGUGUUGGUGCUGUCACAUGUGCUGCUGGUCAUGCUGGUGGUGCUGAUGGUGGUGCUGAUGAUGGUGCUGAUGAUGGUGCUGAUGAUGGUGCUGAUGGUGGUGCUGAUGGUGGUGCUGAUGGUGGUGCUGAUGGUGGUGCUGAUGGUGGUGCUGAUGGUGGUGCUGAUGGUGGUGCUGAUGGUGGUGGUGCCGGUGCUGGCGCUGCUGGUGCUAAUACCUGCAGGGCUGCUCCCGAUGGUAGCGGAGGGCAGGGGGAUGGUGGGUCAGCUGCUGCAAGGGAAGGCGAAGCAGGCACAGGCAGCAACUGUGGGGAAGGCACUGGGGGGGAUGCACGGAACAGCACGGGGGUUGUGGAUGGUGGUAGUGGCACGCAGGAUGCAAGAGGCGCGGAUGCAGUGCCCAGUGCAGCUGGUAAAGCGAGGGCAGGUGAGGCAGCGAGGGCAGGUGAGGCAGCGAGGGCAGGUGAGGCAGCGAGGGCAGGUGAGGCAGCGAGGGCAGAUGGUGCGGCAGGCAAGGAUGAUGAGGCAUGCACGAUGGGGGGGAAGGCGGGAGGGGAGAAACGUGGAGAGAGGGAGGCUGCAUCGGGGGAUGCAGCAGUUAAAGAUGCAGCAGUGGGGGAGGCGGCAAUGCGGGGGACGGCAGUGGGGGAGGCGGCAAUUGAAAAUGCGGCAGUGGGGGAGGCGGCAGUGGGGGAUACAGCUAUUGAAAAUGCGGCAGUGGGGGAUACAGCUAUUGAAAAUGCGGCAGUGGGGGAUACAGCUAUUGAAAAUGCGGCAGUGGGGGAUACAGCUAUUGAAAAUGCGGCAGUGGGGGAUACAGCUAUUGAAAAUGCGGCAGUGGGGGAUACAGCUAUUGAAAAUGCGGCAGUGGGGGAUACAGCUAUUGAAAAUGCGGCAGUGGGGGAUACAGCUAUUGAAAAUGCGGCAGUGGGGGAUACAGCUAUUGAAAAUGCGGCAGUGGGGGAUACAGCUAUUGAAAAUGCGGCAGUGGGGGAUACAGCUAUUGAAAAUGCGGCAGUGGGGGAUACAGCUAUUGAAAAUGCGGCAGUGGGGGAUACAGCUAUUGAAAAUGCGGCAGUGGGGGAUACAGCUAUUGAAAAUGCGGCAGUGGGGGAUACAGCUAUUGAAAAUGCGGCAGUGGGGGAUACAGCUAUUGAAAAUGCGGCAGUGGGGGAUACAGCUAUUGAAAAUGCGGCAGUGGGGGAUACAGCUAUUGAAAAUGCGGCAGUGGGGGAGGCGGCAGUGGGGGAAGCAGCACUGUAUGCGGGCACGGUGGCGUCAUGCCUGUACCUGCUGCCUGCCUUUGUCACCCCCGACUGGAUCGACACUUGCUCCGUGCUCGCCCUGCACCCCCUGGUGGGAGCCUUCCUGCCGGCGGCCUUCUCAGCCGUCACCUCCGCCUUCCUCCACCUGCACUCCCUGCUCUCGCCCUCCCUUGCCGACUUUACCCUUGCGGGAAGGGGAAUGAUUGGAGUUGGGGCGAGGGACGGGGGGAGGGAUGGGAAGAGGGAUGAGGGGAAGGAUGGUGGGAGGGAUGGGGGAAGGGAUGGUGGAAGGGAUGGGGGAAGGGAUGGGGGGAGGGAUGGGGGGAGGGAUGUGGGCGGGGAUGAAGGGAGGGCAAUGGUAGAGGGCGGCAUGGAGUGGGGCUCGGUACAGGGGGUGGUGCGGCAGUGCGAGGCGGCUCUGCAGGUGCUGCACGUGCUGUGCCGCCCUGAUGGGCUGGGCGCCCUCGUAACGCACCACCAGGACCUCAUCCAGGGUGGGGCUUUCCUUCGCCUGCUCCUCUCUAUCCUUCGCUUGCCCCUCCCCGCCCUCCUCCCUCCGCCUCUCCCCCCUCUCCCUUGCCCGCCUUCCAACCCCACUCAUCCCUCCAUCUCCUCUCCCCUUCCUUCCGCCUCCCCCUCCGAUGGCCCGUCACACCAAGCAGUGCCACCAGAGGCCCUGGUGGCAGCUAUUUCUCGCUGCAAGAGCCGAGCCAUUCAGAUGUUCCUCACAGUCAGUGAGGCAGACAGCUCCACCUUUCUGGAUGACGUGGCAGCCAAUCCAGCCUCGUUACAGUUGGCACACAGUGUAACAAAAGAGAUCCUCUCUCUCCUGCAUGACACUGCCAUCGCCAACGUUGACCUCACAGCCCGCCUCCUCGCUCACCACACACCCCCCUCCUCCUUCUCUCCCCCCCACGCGCCUCUCCCCUGCGGCCGCCUGAGUGUGAACGUGCUGCGGGCGGCGGAGGUGCUGUCAGACGACUCCAGCUUCCGCCCCUUCUUCAUGCUGCAUGCCGCGCCUCUUCUCGUGCGCCUGCUCGCCCUCCCCUCACCCGCCUUCGCAUCUCGCUGGCUACACGGCCCGCUCACGCGCGCCCUUGCCGCCCGAGAGGCCGACGCCUUUGUCCUCUUCCGCCCCUUCCCCUCCCUGGGCCUCGCCCUCCACCUCACCCACUCACACUUGCACUCCCUCAACCGCUCCACCUCACCCUUGCACCACCCCUCUGCGCUCGCUCCUGCUGUGCUGUUCCAUGGGGAGGAGAAAAAGGAGGUGGGUGAAGGGGCGGAAAACGUCAGGAGUGGGCUGAUUGGUGUUGAGGAUUCGACAGAGACGUUUUCUUCUGGCCCGUUCUCGUUUUCUGAGGGAGGGCUUGUGGCUGUAACGAGGCCGGCUUAUAAGGAGGCAAGUGGUGCGAAAAGCCGCAGUGGCAGCCGGGGCGAGAGGGAGAGAUUGGCUGAUGCAGGAGAUGGCAGAAGUGUUGGGAAGCUUGCUGGAAACUUGCAGUUUCGCCGAGUGGAUGAGCAGAUGGUGGGAAGGAAGAGAAAGAUAGAGCAGGGCGUUAGAGGAAGAGAGAAACGGAAGCGAGGGAGUGAUGGAGGGAAGGAAGAGAGUGACUGGGCGGAGGGAGUGAUCUGGUUGGAGGGAGGGGAGGGCGGGACAGCAGCAGAGGCAGAGGGAGUGAGUGGGUGGGCGUCGGAUGGGGCAGCAGGUGGAGGGCAGGGAGGAGGGAAGAGUGGGGGCAAAAGGGGAGAGGGUGGAAGUGUGGGUGGAGAGGACGGGGCUGAGGGGGGAGUGGGGAGUGGGUGGCAGAGCGUGGUGCUGCUGGUGAAGCUGUUCGCCAAUCUGCACUGCUUCGACCCCAACCUCUGCCCUGGCGAGCAGCGCCACCAGUUCCUCAACCUCGUCGUCGCUGCCAUCCGCCACCAGAGAUCCUUCCCAGCUGCACCUUGGGAGGGUGCACCUGGGGAGGGUGCACCUGGGGAGGGUGCACCUGGGGUGGGUGCACCUGGGGAGGGUGCACCUGGGGUGGGUGCACCUGGGGAAGGUGAAGCGGGUGGGGAUGGCAGCAGAAAGGUGACAGAAGGGAAGGAGAGGCAGAGGGGGCGAGCGGGGGCAGAAGCAGAGGCGGCAGUGGGCAUGUGCGAGAACCUGUAUUCGCUCAUAGACUUUGCUGCCACCGUGCCAGCAACCCAUGUCAGUGACGAUGACGUCAUCCUCAUCAGUCAGUUCGCCAGCGCUUUACACACCGCCAUCUGUCCCCACCCGCCGCCUCACCAGAGCGAGGAUGCGGCAGUGAGGGCGGUGGGGGAGCGGCACGGGGCAUGGCUGGCGGCACUGCAGGCGAAAUGGGAUGGGCAGGAGCGGUGGCAGCGAUUGCAGCCGGCACAUGAGGAGGAGGGUGAUGAUGAGGGGGAUGAUGGGGGUCGGGUGGAAGAGGCGUGA